UCACACCACCAUCGUCACACCUUCAGAGAAGAGAAGCAUACAACAUGGUCAAGGUGUCCAUCGAGAACGAACCCGAGCGGCAGCCUGGAGAAAUGAAUUCGCCCUAUGCCAGUUCAGAAGCGUCCUCUUCAGUCAGUUCCCUCGUUUCCGAUCUUCCCGCGGAGUCGGAAACUCUCACUGAACGCAUCGCGGCACUUGUCGAUAUUGUGCCUCCCAGUACACGACGAGCAGUUGCCCAGCGUAUUUAUUCUGCUGCAUCUUAUGUUCGACGAGGGGGCAAGAUUGCUGGCACUGUCGUUUGGGUCAUCACGACAUCGGCGCUGUUGAUUGGUUUGCCUUUGGCUCUCAGUCUGGAGGAUGAAGCGAAAUUUGUCGCUCAAGAGCGGGAAGUUCUAGCUCAGCAACAGGGACAGCAGAUGCUUGCGCCCGGCGUGUUCCCUUCCCAAACGGGAUCCCAAAUGCCGCCACAGAAGAGCCAAGGUGUCGUCCCCCCUGGUUUUUAGAUCAAAAUAUAAUCAGCUUCUUAGUUGCCCAGGCCUCGCAAAAGCGCACCCCUCCAUGAAGUCACAUGUACUGUUUUGCUUUAUUGAUUAGCCAAACCCGUGCUGUUCCAGGCCUAUGAUAACCAUAUUCACUACGAUAAAUUUCAGCACCUCUAGUAGAGAGAGCCUCCAAAACAAUUAUUAACUUAGAGCCCGUUCGGCAACCAGGUAGCAUUAUCUCUACCUCGAUCUAUAUUCCCUAUCUUGACGACAGGUAGAGAUCAGCACUAUCUGCGAGAUUGACACGUUGUUGACGCGUUCGGUGGACUUGCA